CCAUUACCUAGGUAGAUGGUCCCACCAAUGGAAUCCCAUAUUCCACAAAAUCAACUGCCGAGAUUCCCUUACUAACGCUUUCGAUGGUCAGUGAUUUUCUUCAUCAUGGACAGUCUUGAUGCUUUUGGCGGCGACGAAGAUGCUGCACUACGCUACGCGAUAGCUUUGUCCUUGCAAGAAUCUGGCGGCGCCUCGCCCAAGGAACCUAUUGAACUCGACUCGGGCGAAGACGAAGGCCAAGGCAGAUCGGAACAGAAACCUAAGCUCUCCUCGGUCGCCAAAGAGCCCGAUAAUUCCCCUACCAGACAAACACCCGAAAAUGCAUCGCUGAAAGAUACACCAUCAAACCCCGAACAGCCCACAUCUGCAACACCAAGCAGCUCCACAGCCCUAGGACUAGCAGGAAUGGACAGGAAGAAGAUGGAGGAGGAAAGACUUGCGAGGUUGCGCCAAAGAUCAGUGAAGCGAAAGGCGUCAGAUUCGCAACCCGAAGAACAAGACCGUCGACAAAGACCAAAGGUCGAUUUCAAGCCACGAGCCAGCUUAGCUACGAAAGCUACUCCCCACCUCCCGUAUCCGAAGGGUAUAGUCAAGAAGACGUGGGUCGCAGGAUGUCCACGUAAAGACGAUAUCAAGAUAGAGGAGGUUCUGCAGAAGGACGAGCUUGAAUUGGCCAUGAUCAGCUCAUUUCAGUGGGAUGAAGAAUGGCUGCUAUCCAAGAUCGAAUUUUCCCAGACUAAGGUUAUUCUAGUUGCUUUCGCUUCGGACGAAGACCAGCAAGAGCAAAUGAAGGCCAACGUGCCCCGGGGCGCGCCUAUCAAGUUCUGUUUCCCGCCUAUGAUGUCAACCGGAAACAUGCAUUCGAAACUACAGCUACUAAAAUACCCUAAAUAUUUGCGAGUAGUGAUACCGACUGGGAAUUUCGUUCCCUACGACUGGGGCGAGAACGGGAUUAUUGAGAACAUGGUUUUUCUUAUAGACCUUCCUCGAAUCGACGAUCCCAAAUCAAAGACUUCUAAUAAGCUCGGCCCAUUCGGCGACGAGCUCUGUUACUUUCUUCGAGCUCAAAACUUAGACGAGAGCCUUGUAAAUAGCCUUGCAAACUACGAUUUCUCAGAAGCAAAUCAUUACAGAUUCAUUCAUACAAUCGCGGCAUCACAUGCGGGCGACGAGUGGCGACGAACAGGAUAUUGCGGGCUCGGUCGAGCUAUAACGUCUCUCGGACUCAAUACUACUGACGAGAUCGAGGUUGACUUAAUGACUUCAUCACUAGGAUCGCUAAACAUAGACCUAGUAUUAGCCAUAUAUUAUGCUGCUCAAGGCGACAACGGCCUGAAAGAAUACGGGAUGAGGGGUGCGAAGAGCGGCAAAACUAAGGAGUCAAUAUCAGCCAAGAUCGCCCUAAAGGACAGGUUUCGAAUUUACUUUCCAUCUCACGAUACGGUAGUGAAAAGCCGUGGCGGAAAGAAUGCUGCGGGAACCAUCUGUGCACAUGCCAAGUGGUGGGAUUCGGCCACGUUUCCUCGAGAAUUGUUUCGCGAUUCCAGAAGCGUCAGAACUGGUAUUCUCGUGCAUAGUAAGCUUAUGAUGGUCCGCCAUCGCCGCUCAGGCAAAUCCAAGGCCGCCUAUGCUUAUAUUGGAAGCGCGAAUCUAUCUGAAAGCGCAUGGGGUCGCCUGACGAAAGAGAGGGGGACCGGUAACCCAAAGAUUACAUGCCGCAACUGGGAAUGCGGAGUAGUUGUUCCUAUACCGUCUCGGGAUUCUAGCGAAGAAGGGGCCGGGUCCUCUGAUCCAGCCGACUUCAGCAAUGUCAUCCCAGUACCGAUAGAAAUUCCUGGCGAAGCAUACGGCGCUACAGCAUCGAAACGUCCUUGGUUCUUUCUCGAUAACUGACGCCCGGUCAUUUACGCUAGAGCCCUAGACCCCAUGGUACUAUAAUCCUAGAGGGUAAAGUGUGAGCAAUUAAUGGACGGAAGCUUAGAAUCUAGCGGGACCGACGUCUGAAUGCCAAGAUCAUCCGUUCUCCGGAUGAUCUACGCUAAGUCUUCCUAAAGCUUAAGUGGCGACAGCUGCAUAUACCCUACCUAGCCUGCCGAUUCUGAAUAUGACACAUGGAUACCAUCAAAGCGCGUCUCGUGCGUAUACUAAAUAGCUCCCUAUAAUCACCCAUGUUCACUGUUAGUGACU